AUGCAUGUUAUAUUAGUGGCUAAUUGUGGUAAAAUCGUCACUAUUCGUGAUGACAACCUAAUACAUAUAGAAGCACUAUUAAAAGGCAGCGAUGAGGCAGAAACAGUGACUGCAAAAUGUGUUGCGAACGUAGUGGACCUCCUUGAAGGUGGAAUAUCUGUAGAGGGCCAACCACAAUGCCAGGAGGUGAUUAAAGAGGCUACUACCGAGAAUUUGGUGGAUGUCACACAGGAAGAUCUGACCAUUGAGACGGAGACCAAACAUGAACCUAUACAUCUUGAUAAUGAAGAGCAAACUGGCGGCGUAACUUCGGGAGAACAGUUCUUUGCAAUACCAAAACGAUUCUUGAACUCGUCCUGUUUUGGAUGUGCUGAUCAUGUUAGUGUAGAAGCACCGGGUGUGCGGCAACUUGCAGAGUUAGCGAUAAGGCAUCUAAACAGACACGAUCCAAAUGUGAAACACGGUCUUGAUGCAAUACUCGAUGUGGAAAGACAAGUUCAGAUCGUAUCCGGUGUCAAGUAUAUGCUUACUUUAAAGGUCACUUUUAAUAAUUGUACUUCACUUGACACUGAAACGUGUAUUGAAACAAGAGCUUGUAAAGUAUCCAUUUUGGAAAAAUCUUGGAUUAAGUUACCAGAUGGCUCAAAGCAUAGGGCUAUUGUUUCAAAUAAUUGCACAGACCAAUGGUUAUUCGGUGAUGAUGGUGAACUGACACAAAAUUUGGAAGGUGACGAGAAUUUGAAUGUUAAGAUAACUGAUGAACAUUCCAAAACAGGAAAUAUAAGCGAUUUCGUUACUCAAGCUGGCAUAACAUCUGAUGAAAUAAUUAAAACUGCUUACAACGUUGACACCGCUAUAAAAAUACAAAGAGAUCUUACUGCGGAGGAAAUAAAGAAUAUUGAGGAUCAAAUUGUAUUGAGUACAAACUCGAAGCCAUCAUCAGAACCCUUGGAUAAUAAUUUAAAUACAUUACAAGGAAAUAAUAGACCCGAAUACGUAGAAAAACUUUAUUCAGAAAAAAGUAAUAAUGACAAUUUAGUUCAACCUAAGGGCGAGAUUGUUACAGGAAAGUCCUCUUUGACUGAUAAAAAGAAGCAGGCUAUUGAUGACUUGCUAAAAAUGUUCGAUGCAUCUGGAUAUGAGUUUAAAUUAUCAACUGAUUUUCAAAGAAACAAAAGAAGUUAUAACAGGGAAUUAAAAGUGUUUUCAAUGGCUGAAAAGUAUUAUCAAUUAAAAAAAAACUUACAAAAUGCUAAGAAAAUCUAUUCAUUUGCUAAAAAUAUUGUAGAGUACUUGAACGAAAUGGAUUUGGAAACAAAAAACCGUCAACUGGUGGAAGUUAUUACUGCAGAAGAAGAAAUACAAAAUCACCAACAUUUCUUUUACAUUCAAACUCGUGUUAAUGUUCCAUGUGAUAAGGCAUAUUGUGAAAAUAAAUUUAAAGAGACAAAGAUUUGUAACGGUGUCAUUGAAACUUUUACUGAUAAUCCACCACGUAUACUCAGUGCUUUUUGUUAUGAUGACCCUAAGCAAAGUACCGUUAAAAAUGAAAUCGUUGAUAUACCUUUGAAUGACCGGUUGCUUCUCAAAAAGUCGAACCAAGCCAUAAAAAUGAUUGAAUUUGAGUCAACGUAUCCUAAUGCUAUGAAAAUUAAACAAAUUUUAGAUGCCACAACUCAAAAGGUAUCUGGAACGUUAACAAAGAUUUUACUAGAAAUUGUUUAUACAGAUUGUAACAAAACAAUGCCAUCUCUUAAAAGGGAAAACUGUUCUGUGGUUGAGAGCAUGGGUUCUAAAAUUUGUGAGAUUAUAAUUCUUGAAAGACAUUGGUUAAAAAAAAUGAAUACAACUUAUGUCUGUAAUGAAAGACCAAUUGAUGGAACAUUUUCAAAAGAAAAAAUUGAAAAUAAAGCAUCGCAUAAAAAAGAUCCUGUGAUUGAAGAAAUGAUUCAUCAAUCCUUAAACUAUUUAGAGGAAAUGAAUUCAAACAGAAAUAACAGGCAAAGAAUAGUCGAAAUUAAAUCUAUUGAAACUCAGAUAUUUGCUGGAUUAAUAACGACUGUAAAAUUUCUUGUUGGGUAUACAAUCUGUACUGAAGAAGUGUCAAAAGAUCUUGAUACUUGUGAGCUUAUAAAUGGUGAACCACUUCGCACUUGUCAGGCAGUAUUCUGGGAUAGACCAUGGUUAGAAGAAGGUAGACAGUUUAAUGUGACUUGUGAAAAGUCUAAUGUAAAUGAACAAUAUAGCAGGCGGAAACGGUCCACAUCGGAUGAUCUUCAUUUUGUUGGUGGUCAAAAAAACAUGAAUCCAGAUGAAGCUAUAUACAAAAAGUUAGCAGAAGAUUCUCUUUCAAAAUAUUUAGAUUCAACUAAUAAUAAUUACGAAUAUGAAGUAUUAUCUGUAGAUAAAGUAACUGUACAAGUUGUUGCAGGAACAUUAACAAGAAUUGAUUUCACUAUAUCUGGAAAAAAACAUAAUGAAUCUGAAAUAAAAACUUGUCGGGCAAAGAUUUGGGAUAGGCCAUGGCUAAAAGAAGGUAGAGAUUUUAAUGUUUCAUGUAACAGUAAAGUGUUUUCAACACGAGAAAAAAGACAAAUCGCUGGUGGAAUUGAAGAAAAGGAUAAGAAUGAUCCAAAAUAUAUGAAUUUUGCUAAAGAAUCUUUGCAAAAAUAUGUUGAGAGUACUGGACAAUCUCAACGUCAUGAAGUACUUAAAGUGAUUAAAGUUUCAUCACAAAUUGUGGCGGGUACUUUAACACAAAUAGAUUUUGAAGCCGUGCCCACCGAUUGUAAUUUAAAUAGCAGUCGACCGCAGGCUUCAUCGGAUUGCCCACCUCAAGGUGACGUCAUCUCCUGCCAUUCGGAAAUCUGGGAGAGAGUGUGGUUGCAUAAGAGAGAAAUUAAUGUUGAUUGUCAGUUAAAAGUUCAAGAGGUGAGGCCCAAGAGAGAAACCGGAAACUUUGCUGAAAAUUUAGACUUAAAUGUUUUGAAAUUAAACAAUCCCCAAACUCCUAACAAUGAUGGUCAAAACCUUAACCAUCUUGAUGAUAAUAUUCGUAGAAAGAAACGACAAACUGCUGUAGAAGAUGAUUAUGUUGACGAAGACACAAAGUUUUACUAUGCUGAUCGUGCUAUUCAAAGCAUAAAUGAUAAUGCUGAUACUAAUAAUUUACAAAAACUUGUUACCAUCCACUCAUUUCAGAGUAGUACAACAAUGGAUGUGAACAUUGUUAGAAUGUAUAUUGAAACAGCGUAUACUUAUUGUCUGCGCCAUCAGGAUGAGACUGAAUUACCCGGAUGUGAAGAAUUAUCAGGAAUGAAUCAUAGAUUAUGUCUCGUGAGACUUUGGCCUUCUCCUGAUGAUGAACUUGUUGUGAAGCAAAUGCAUAUUGUUUGUAAUGAUGACAAGAAUUUUGCGACCUACACUGGAUUAGAUAUCAAGAAAUUUGUUGCGGUAUCCGUUCAAGAAUUAGAAUCAUCUCCGAAGAUCAAAACUAAACUUUUUUUCCAUGGUGAACCUUAUCUCGUACCCAGCUUAGAUCCAAAAGUACCCAUAAAACUCGAAUUCCUUUUAGCAUUCAGUAAUUGUACAAAAAAUAUAGAUCUUACAAACACAGAUUGUGUACGUGAUUCUAGUAGACCUCAUAAAACUUGCACAUCUCACAUUUGGCUAUCCCCAAAUAGUAAACGAAUUAAAAAGCUGAAAGUAAAAUGCGAUCUUCCUAACUUGAUGCGAAAAAAAAGAUCAAUAAGUCUCGAUUCGAAUAAUGCAACAGCUGAUGACAUAAUUAUCCAACAAAUGAUAAAAGAGUCCAUAGAACAGCUUGAAAUGAGUUCCCUGCAUAAAUAUAAGCAGAGACUUCUACAAAUUAACAGUUACUCCUCGAAGAUAGCCUCUGGCCGUGUUACCACAAUUGACUUUGAUGUAGGUUUUUCAUCUUGUUUAAAGUACGAGUGGGUUGAUGAUAUAAAACAAUGUGGAUUCUUGGAGCACUUGCCACGAAGGCAUUGUAUAGCUACAAUUUGGGAACGACUGUGGUUUGAAAAUGGAAGACUUAUCGAUGUAAACUGCCAGGAUGAUGAGACACCAGUGGAAGCCCAUAUUGAGUUUGAAAGCCCAGAAAAUGCAAUGUUACUGGCGAACGAGGCGUUGAAACAUAUAGAAGCAAAGUACCCUCAUCCGCAUCGACAGAAAGUUGUGAGGAUAUUCUCUAUGGAAAAACAAGCGAUUGCUGGCAUUCACUACCGUAUGAAAAUUGAAGUUGGUUACACAAAUUGUUUAGCUUUGAGCAUAAGUGAUAGUUGUACGUUAGACACAAGUUUGGGAACGAAUAAGUUUUGUAGAGUCAACGUGUGGAUACGACCGUGGACGGAUCAUCCUCCUAACUACCGCGUGUCAUGCGACUAUAUCGCCUCAACAGAUUCUGAAACGCAUCGGAAUAUACAAGCUGAAGAACUAUUCUACAACUUUUUAACGACAUACAAGCCAAAUUACAUUGACGACCACAACGAGAUGCUUCAAAGGUUCAAGAUAUUUAAGGAUAAUGUAAGAAGAAUUCAUGAGCUGAACAUUAAAGAGAGAGGAACGGCCAGAUAUGCUGUGACGAGGUUUGCGGAUUUAUCGUCUGAAGAGUUUGCAAAAAAGUAUUUAGGAUUGAAUCCAAGACUGAGAAAUCCGAACCACAUCCCAUUGAAGAAAGCAGAUAUUCCUAGUGUACAGUUGCCUGAGAAGUUUGAUUGGAGAAACUUUGGUGCAGUGACUGAAGUAAAAAACCAAGGAUCGUGUGGAAGUUGCUGGGCGUUCAGUGUCACAGGAAACGUCGAAGGCCAGUGGAAGAUCAAGACAGGAGAUCUGAUAUCACUCUCGGAACAGGAGCUCGUCGACUGUGACAAACUCGACGAGGGUUGCAACGGUGGUCUUCCCGAUAAUGCCUACAGAGCCAUUGAACAGUUGGGCGGCUUGGAGACAGAAAGCGACUAUCCCUACGAAGGUGUCGACGACAAAUGUAUUUAUAAUAAGACGAUGUCUAAAGUUCACAUCAGUGGCGCUGUCAAUAUUUCGUCCAACGAGACAGAGAUGGCGAAGUGGCUCGUACAAAAUGGUCCUAUAUCCAUUGGUAUAAACGCAAAUGCAAUGCAGUUCUACGUGGGUGGGGUCUCCCACCCGUUCAAAAUACUGUGCAGUCCUAACAACUUAGACCAUGGUGUUCUCAUUGUGGGUUAUGGCGUUAAAGAAUACCCACUGUUUCACAAGCGGCUGCCGUACUGGAUCAUAAAGAAUUCGUGGGGAAAGUCGUGGGGUGAGCAGGGCUACUACCGCGUGUACCGAGGAGACGGCACGUGCGGGGUCAAUCAGAUGGCCAGUAGUGCGCUCGUGUAGGGACGCCCUAAAUCUGAUGUCACGAGACCGCUUCCAAACUCAUAGUUUUAGAUAAUUCACAAUUAAAACACCAAUGAGGCGAAAAUGUGAUUAUGAUUUAUAAAUAAAAAUAUUUAUUUAAG